AUGCCUGUCAGCAAGAUGUGGACAUUCAGAUGGGAAUGCUCAGAUUUAGGGGCAUGUGGUCCUGAGCAUUGGGUUACUUCAAAUGCGGAUUGUGGGAGAACUCACCAGUCUCCAAUCGAUAUCAUAGAUCAUCAGGCACGUGUUGGAGAAGAAUAUCAGGAAAUACUCCUGGUUGGUUUUGAUAAUGAAUCUUCUAACAAGACUUGGAUGAAAAAUACCGGGAAAACUGUUGCCAUCCUUCUAAAGGAUGAUUAUUUCAUCAGCGGUGCUGGACUACCAGGAAGAUUCAAAGCAGAAAAAGUUGAAUUUCACUGGGGCCAGAGUAAUGGAUCUGCCGGCUCAGAGCAUAGUAUCAAUGGGCGGAGAUUCCCAGUUGAGAUGCAGAUUUAUUUCUACAACCCCGAUGACUUUGACAGCUUUGGGACAGCAAUCCAAGAAAAAAGGAUCAUAGGAACCAUGGCUGUGUUUUUCCAAGUCAGCCAGAGAGACAAUCCAGCACUGGAGCCUAUUAUCCAUGGGCUGAAGGGGGUUGUACAUCAUGAGAAAGAGACCUUCUUGGAUCCCUUUGUGUUAAGGGAUCUCCUGCCAGCAUCUUUGGGAAGUUACUAUCGGUAUGCAGGGUCAUUGACUACCCCUCCAUGUAGCGAAAUUGUGGAAUGGAUUGUUUUUCGAAUGCCUGUCCCCAUCUCUUAUCGGCAGAACAUCAUGGAGCUUGUACUGGGUGUGCCUGAGAAGGGCAUACGGAUCCUUAUGAGGAUUUCGUAG